AGAAUGACAGAAAAUACAGAUACAUCGCAGUUUAAUGCGGAUGAACUGCAGGCACCAGCUUGGCUUAAUGCUCAGUUUAUUGAAGAGGUCCUAAAUGCAUACGAAAAGGUUCCAUUGCAAGUUACCGAUCUGAAAAUAACUCCUGCGACUGCCCAGGGAGAUCAUUACGCCAGCAUCAUGUUCCGAGCCGUUGCGGAAUACACCACCAAUGGGGGAAAAUUCUCCAAACCCCUCAUCGUUAAGACGAUGCCGGAGCAGGAAGGUCACAAAAAGGAUAUGCUCUCGAAGUCACACAUCUUCGAGACAGAAAUCCUCGUCUACACCAAGGCCUUACCCGAGUUCGAGAGGAUCCUUCGAGAGGCGGGGGAUAAUACCAAGCUCUAUGUGCCCUGCAUUUACCACAGUCUGGAACCUCGACAGGUGAUAAUAUUCGAGGAUCUGGUGCCACAGGGUUACUCCGUUAUCCGCGAUCGUCCUGCCACCAAAGAGGAAGUGCAACAGGCAUUUUCCAAGUUGGCCAAAUGGCAUGCAGUUAGCAUGAAAGUUAUAAAUGAGAAACCUGACUUCCUUAAAGAAUUCAAAUAUGGUAUGUUGGACAUGACCGAAAUUUUGAACGAUCCCAUGGUGACCACUAGUCUGCCCUGUUUCAUUGAAAUGCUGGACAAAGUUCCCGAGCUAACAAAGUACAAGACUUAUUUUGAAAAGAUAAAGGAUAACUGCAGGCAGCGGUUGAGUGAAAUUAUGCUGGAGUACCGCAACGGUCCGCAGGCGAAUAGGUAUUAUGUGCUGUGCCACGGAGAUUUUCAUAUUCGCAAUAUGAUGUUCAAAAACAACAAGAAGACCGGAGCCUUUGAGGACGUUAUGCUGGUGGAUUUCCAGUUGAGCAAUGUUUGUUCCAUCACCGUUGACCUCACUUACUCCGUUUACAUGCUGAUGGAAUCGGAAGAGCGCUGUGAACUAGGAAAGGACUUUAUCAAUUAUUAUUUCACCGUUUUGGAGGACACUCUGAAGAAAAUUGGCUUCAAGGGCGAAAUGCCCACCCUGAGUGGGUUGUGGGAGCAUUUUCGUAGUAAUAAGUAUUAUGACUUCUUCCUGAUGAGCUCCAUCCUGGCCAUGAUACUCGCCAUUAAAACGAAUAGUUUGAAAAUGAGCGAUUCAGUUUUUGAUCUCGAAGCAAAACAAAAUACUUAUUUCUUAGAUGCAUACCUCAAAGAUGUUAAGAAGCUGUUGCCAAAAUUCGAAAAAAUGGGUUAUUUUGAAAAUUUGUAA